AUAAUAUAUGGAAAAUUUAUAUGUUACAUAAAUCUUACUUUUCUUGUCGUCAAAAAAAAUAUAAAUCCAAUAAAGUGCUGAUUUACCAAACAAGCAAAGACCGUUUUUCAAAAAGAAAAAGAAACCAGAGAGACCACCACAUCAUGAUUGAGUUUCACAAAGAUAGAAAAAAAAAUAUAAAAGAAAAAAAGAUUUAUAGAAAAUAUCAAAAGAAGAGAGACCUCCCUCUAGCUACUCAUCAUUCUUCACCGUACGCUUCUUCUCUCUCUCUCCAGCUAGCUUUCAUAGAUUCCACUGUCACCAUCCUCUCCAAAAGCUAGAAUGCGGAACCCUAGAUUAGCUAGUUAGACCUUCCCAAAGAUCUCUCUCUCUCUACCUCUGAGCUUCAAGUGAUGGGGAACUGUUGCAGAUCUCCCGCCGCUGUAGCUAGAGAAGACGUCAAAUCGAACUACUCCGGCCGCGAUCACCACCGUAAAGUCGCUUCCGGCGGGAAAAAACCAGCGCCGAUUCGAGUCCUGAGCGAUGUCCCCAAGGAGAACAUCGAGGAGCGUUACCUACUCGACCGAGAGCUCGGACGCGGCGAGUUCGGCGUCACGUACCUCUGCAUCGAGAGGUCCACGCGCGACCUCCUCGCCUGCAAGUCGAUCUCGAAGAGGAAGCUGAGGACCGCCGUGGACAUCGAGGAUGUGAAGAGGGAAGUGGCGAUCAUGAAGCAUCUGCCUAAGAGCUCGAGUAUCGUGACUCUCAAGGAGGCGUGCGAGGACGAUAACGCCGUGCAUUUGGUGAUGGAGCUUUGCGAAGGUGGCGAGCUUUUCGAUCGGAUUGUUGCCAGAGGGCAUUACACCGAGCGCGCCGCCGCGGGGGUUACGAAGACGAUUGUGGAGGUGGUGCAGUUAUGCCACAAGCAUGGGGUUAUUCAUAGGGAUUUGAAGCCGGAGAACUUUUUGUUCGCUAACAAGAAGGAGAACUCUCCUCUCAAAGCUAUUGAUUUUGGAUUGUCCAUCUUCUUCAAGCCAGGUGAGAAGUUCUCGGAGAUAGUUGGCAGUCCAUAUUACAUGGCACCUGAAGUGCUUAAGCGGAGCUAUGGACCCGAAAUAGAUAUAUGGAGUGCUGGAGUCAUUCUUUAUAUUCUGCUGUGUGGAGUUCCUCCUUUCUGGGCAGAGUCGGAACAGGGAGUUGCUCAGGCUAUUCUACGCGGGAUAAUUGAUUUUAAGAGGGAACCGUGGCCAAACAUUUCGGAGACUGCUAAGAAUCUUGUCAGACAAAUGUUAGAGCCUGAUCCAAAGCGCAGGCUGACUGCAAAGCAAGUGCUUGAGCACCCGUGGAUUCAAAAUGCCAAGAAAGCUCCAAAUGUUCCUCUUGGAGAUGUUGUGAAGUCCAGAUUAAAGCAGUUUUCAGUGAUGAACAGAUUCAAGAGAAAAGCUUUGAGGGUUAUUGCUGAAUUUUUAUCUUCACAAGAAGUAGAAGACAUCAAAGAAAUGUUCAACAAAAUGGAUACUGACAAAGAUGGUAUUGUUACCAUCGAGGAGUUGAAAGCUGGACUUCGCGAUUUUGGUACACAGCUUGCUGAAUCAGAAGUUCAAAUGCUUAUUGAAGCGGUGGAUACUAAAGGGAAAGGAACACUAGACUAUGGGGAAUUUGUUGCAGUCUCUCUCCACCUGCAAAAGGUAGCAAACGAUGAGCAUCUCCGCAAAGCAUUCUCCUACUUUGACAAGGAUGGAAACGGGUACAUUUUACCCCAAGAGCUUUGUGAAGCCUUAAAGGAAGAUGGAGGGGAUGACUGUGUGGAUGUCGCCAAUGAUAUAUUCCAAGAAGUUGACACAGACAAGGAUGGGAGAAUAAGCUACGAAGAGUUUGCGGCAAUGAUGAAAACAGGAACGGAUUGGAGAAAGGCGUCUCGACAUUACUCGAGAGGGAGAUUCAAUAGCCUAAGCAUCAAGCUAAUGAAGGACGGAUCUUUGAACCUAGGCAACGAAUAGCAGUAAGCCCGCAUUAGAUUUUUAAUAGAAUUUGUCUCUCACGUCACGUCCUCCCUUCACGUCAUGGACUCAGAAUUUAAUCUUUUGUUUUGUUGUAAAUCUUUCGUUUUUUAACUUCUUUUUUUUGGGGUGAUUUAUGCAUCUGUGUUCUUUUUUUUGUAUUGUGUUUGUGUGUUGUUUAGUUUGUUGUGGUAGAAAGGCCAAAGACAUGAGAAUCAAUGUUUUGAUGUGUAGAAGAAAAAACAACGAUCUUUCUUGUAAUGAUGUUGUAAUAUUCUUUUGUUGGCCUUAACCUCUUUAUUGAUAUGAACAAGACAA